AUGUCGCUCCGACAUAGUAACGAAAACAUACCACCACCCACUCCAGCAAUCAGCACAAAUUGCACAAUUUGCCGCGAGAACUUAGGUUCCGGUUCUAACGUUCUGCGCACAGCCUGCAAUCAUAGGUUUCACUGUACGUGUUUGCUAACGUGGCUGAAAAGAAACUCCGCCUGCCCACAGUGCAGAGCUAAUUGUUCUAGUAAAGAUUUCAGGCCACCACAGAGUACGGUUACCACGCGUUCACGUGCUAACCUUCCCCACAAUCUCUCUGACGAUCAAGGGCAAGCCUCUUCUUCGCAGGGAUCUCGUAUGCCACCCCACACACAGAGUCAAACUCAACAAUCACCCUCACAAGAACUACAGUCCCAACUACCUCAGCAGCUGUCACAGACAGUAGCUCCUCCGGGUAAUACAAAUAGUGGAAGUCCCUCGAAUGAGACGGAAGAAUGUCGUACUCGUAGUUUAGUUAACGCAGUUAUUUCAGCACGACACGUCUCCUUAUUUGAGAAUAUUGAAUCGCGUAUGACUCAAAUCGAGAACAGGUUAGAUCAGACAGUCAAUAAUAUAGUUGAACGUAUGCAACAAGUCAAUGUAGCGCAGAGCGAAAUCGCAAAUGGUCUACCCAAUUUGGCGAAUCAACCACGCGUUGAAUGGCCACAAGACUCACCAGACACGCGUUCACGUGCUAACCCUCCCCACAAUCUCUCUGACGAUCAAGGGCAAGCCUCUUCUUCGCAGGGAUCUCGUAUGCCACCCCACACACAGAGUCAAACUCAACAAUCACCCUCACAAGAACUACAGUCCCAACUACCUCAGCAGCUGUCACAGACAGUAGCUCCUCCGGGUAAUACAAAUAGUGGAAGUCCCUCGAAUGAGACGGAAGAAUGUCGUACUCGUAGUUUAGUUAACGCAGUUAUUUCAGCACGACACGUCUCCUUAUUUGAGAAUAUUGAAUCGCGUAUGACUCAAAUCGAGAACAGGUUAGAUCAGACAGUCAAUAAUAUAGUUGAACGUAUGCAACAAGUCAAUGUAGCGCAGAGCGAAAUCGCAAAUGGUCUACCCAAUUUGGCGAAUCAACCACGCGUUGAAUGGCCACAAGACUCACCAGACUUUUACUCAUCCCGCAAUCACAAUCACAUCCUCAAUCGCUCCAACGUUAAUGCUCAACCUGAACCAUUUAAUAGUGCUGCAAAUCCUUGCCUUAGUAAUAUUUCG